AUGGAGAGCGAGCCCAGUAUUUUUACAAAGUACCAGACAAAACCUCAGUUGUUUGGUGGCGAUGAAAAGGAAAAGGGUUCAUUUGAUUUUGGUGUUGGAAAGCUCAAGAAUGUCUUGGAGCAGUUUGAAGUGAAUAAGAAAAAAAUAAAGGACAAACAUGACAGUGAAGUUUUAAGCACCUUUAUUUCCAGUGUCAAAGAAAGCGUUCAGGGGUUGCAAACAUGCUUGGACAAGUUUGAAGAAAGUUUGGAUUCAAGAAAUAAAUCCAUUUUGGAUGGCUUGGAAGCCGUUUCUAAGACCUUGCAAGAGACUGUUCAAUCCCACUAUGAAUCAGUGCUGAAUGCUCUAACAGACAAAAGCCAAAUUGAGCAGAUAUUACUGGAGAUGGAGAGGAGACUUGCAGCUAAAGAUAUGGAGAUUUUAGAUGUGAAAUCCAACUUACAGUUACUGAAGGAGAGUCUGGAACUACUAACAUCUCAGCAGAAUAAGCAACAUCAGAAGCUAUGUGAACAGUUAAAUGACCUACCGUUCCCCAACAUCUUAGCUGAACUGCAGACAUUCAUUUCCACUUCCAGAUUUCCCAGUUGCAUAAAGGAUAACGCAUCCCAGACCUCUCCAGAUAUAUUACAGGACCUCUAUCUCAUCAGUCAGGAGAAAACGUGCUGUCAGUGCUAUCAGACCACGAGGGUUUGCAGAACAAGUUCCUUUCAGACUCAGCCACACUCCAUGACAAUGGCAAAUAGACAUGGAGAUUCCCAUAUGAAGAAUCACAUAGCUAAAGAUGAUACAAACAGGACUGAUUUAAACACAGUUGCUGGAAGGGAGGUUAAUCUCACCACUACAGCUUUACAAGGCAAAGAAAACAUGACUAUUCAAGAGAUGAAGUCUGCUUUAGAAAAGCAACUCUCUGCUAACAAUCCAUCUUGUGCCUGCUGCUCCAACACUGACGUUUCUUGGGAUAGUCAUGAGAAACAUCAGCUGCUUACUCAAGAAAUACCUCAAGCCACACCACUGAGGAUGGUAAUCGGGAAAGACUCUAAGGGAAUCAAAACUGUGACUCCUUCACAACAAAAUCAGAGCCAACUUUGCCAACCUCCUGUACAAAACAAUAUGGCUGGACAAAGAGACAUAGACUUUGCCACAGACAACAUGAUGCAUAUCACAGUUGUAGGAAACAGACUAAAAAAAGAAAAGUCCAGAAAACCCUGCCGGAGUAAAUUAACAGUGAGGAAAAGAAUGUACAUUGCUAAGAAAAAAGGAGACCUUUCCAAGUGUCCUGACAGUGGUCUGAAGAAAAAAAUGACCAGCAGUUGGAAGGAGUCGGAGGAUUCCAGAAAAAAUUACUCUCCCGUAGAUACAGUUACGCUUCAUUCAGAGAACUCUGGCCCAGGGUCUUCAGCUCCCAGCCACCAAAGGCUAAGCAGGGCCCAACACAGGAAGAAAGAAAACUCUUUGCCAGUGCUCCACUCCGAUGAAAACCUGGAGCGGCUUGCAGCCAAGAGAAAGGGAAUCUUGGAAAAUAAGAGGAGAGUGGAUAUUUGCAAUACCAAAGGGACUCUCUGUUUCUGGGAUUGCUCUCCCAGGGAGAGUGACAUCAAGGGUGAAAAACAGAUGAGCUGGUUCAGUCCCCCAAGCACCAUGGCUUCUAAUAAGUCGUGUCUGUCUUUCGCCCCUGCCCAGCAUAAGAAUACAACAUUUUGCUCCUUAGUUUUUGAUAGUGAUUAUUCUGAUUGACAUUUUCAGUUUGAUUUUCCCAAUGUAUAACAGAAGUGUGGCUGGUUCAAUCCGUUUUUUUCUUUAGGUCUGUUGGCUUUUUAAUUUCUCAAGUUUUGUCACUCUUUAAGAGGAUGCUUGCCUAAAUUUCCACUAGCGCGAACCCUGCUAGCAGGCUGCGGGGCACAGAAACACAGCUGAGUCUGUUGUUACUAUAUCUAGAAGUGGAAUCUAUUUAAAACUUUUAAAGACGUGUAAUAUAGUGUCUGUAGCCUAGGGGUUUAAUUCCAGUUUUUCGUUCUCUCUCUUUAGAGUGGUUCAGAUGGCUAAGGGACUGAAUCCUGGUCCCACUGAAACAAAUGGGGAUUCUUAUGAUUGACUUCACACAGUUAAGAUUAGCCCCAGGUCUUUUGCCCUAUUCUGGGUUAAUGUACCUUUUGUGUGGGGAAAAAAAAACCCUAAUAUCUUGUUGGGUUCACCAAAUACAGCAUUUCUUCUCCUUUCAGCUUCUUUCUCUGGUCACUUGCUUCAAUUUCAGUCUCAUUUUUUUUCUCAUCUGCAUCUCUUAGCUAAUCAAGAACUUCAUCUUAUGUGUUUCUAGUGUAUUAGGGCCUCAAAGAAAAGCCUAGAAAGGUGGCACCCAUAAAACAAAAUGCCAAGAAAGGCCAUUGGUUUUGUCUGUUUUCGUUUAAAAGACUUAAGUAUUUCUGAUUAACAGUGAUUCCAAAUUCAUAGGUUUUAAGGUCAGAAGGGACCAUUAGAGUCACCAGUUCUGAGCUCCAGCAUGACACAGGCCAUAGAAUUUCACCCGGGGAAUCCUGCCUCAAGCUCAUAGCUUGAUGGAACUACAGCAGCUCCUUUAGAAAGACAUCAAGCCUCUAGUUUAAGUUUUGAUCACUUCAAAUAAUUAUAUUUGGUUUGAUUUCAGAAUCAGGUUUGCUCUGACAAAUGAAACACUUACAUAGAAAAGAGAUCUGCUGUCACGAAUAUAAAUGGCCUCAUUUUGUCAUUCCAGAAUAAAAAGACCUUGUUUAUCUA